ACAUUUCAGUUAGUGAACUGACAGUGCGAUUGAUGGUUGACCUGUUGUUGUUCAGUGGUGUUAGAUAGUGUUGUGUGCUAUUCUUAUCAGUAAGGUUAUGUUAUAAAAAAUCAACCGCAAAUGACAACCGCAAUCUGCUAACCGGUGUAGUGUAGGUACAUAAACAGUAGGCAAACAGCGAAAAUAAAACGCCAACACACAUCAAGCCGUGCUGUGGCGCGCCAUUCCUCGGAAGCUACUUUAUGACGAUGCGCUAUAUCUCCAUAACGACCGGUGCCGCUCGUUGCUUUGCUCCUACCUCUCGACAAGAAGUAGACUGUUAACGAGCAAAUCGGGCGGGUUCGGCAAGUAAACUGUAACAUCCCCGGUACGGGCGGCAGUACGCGGCUGCAUCAGACACGUCGAGAGCGGAUAGAAGCGAGGAAGUAAGUUAGUGUAUUGCCUCGGGAAGUGUGUAAAGAUAAGAAUGAGUGAAUGAAGAAAAAAACGCUGAAUAAAAUGAUAACGAGACUGAGGCAAGCGAAAAUAACAAUUAUAAUUCAUACAUGGAAAUGAAAAUUUUGAACGACCAUCGGCCGACCGACCAGUAAGCACUUGCCAUCAGUCGGUGUAAUAUGUGCAGUUUUGUUGGCCACAACCGCCAAACGAUUUUGCGGAUAUUGUCGAUUCCAAGAAGAGGAAGUACCGAUAUCUAGGUUCGUCAAGUUUUGCCUCCGAUGAGUACCGGCCUGGGGCCACUGUUAGCAACAACCUCCACUCCGUUACGAUUCGAGAGAUAAUGAAUGGGAUCGCCUAUCUGUAUGGAGCAUUACUGUUUCUACUGAGUCAGACUGAGCUGUCGCGACAGUUUUACAAUAGUAAUUUCGUUGAGGAUACUUCCGAGAAAGAUGGUUCCUCUUCCGGUCCACAGGAUGAUAGUUACGUCGUAGGGGUUGUGGAAUUUCGACCUGAACUGUUGAACAUGGAUAUUCGCCAAAGAACAGAACUGCAUUUGGAUGCCUAUGAACAACUGAUUCGAUCCGAUGAGGCGAAGCUAGCUGACCUAAUUGUGUUUCCCGAGCUGACUCUUAACACACUCUCGGAUCCGGUCUACGUCCCAGACUCACAUGACAACCUUAUACCAUGUCGAACAGACUCGCCGGAGUUAUUAUCCCGAAUGUCCUGUCUAGCUGCUGAAGUAGGCAAAUACAUUGUGAUAAAUCUGUCCGAGAUCUUCGACUGUGAACCGGAGGAAGAUCCUCGACCAUGUGGUCCCCAUGGUUUCCAUAGGUACAACACAGACGUCGUGUUCGACCGCAACGGAGCUGUGAUAGCGCGAUACCGCAAGUUUAAUUUGUUCCGGGAAGCGGGUACCAACACGACCCAUCUGCCAGAGAUUGUAACGUUCGAGACUGACUUUGGAGUGACGUUCGGGGUGUUUACCUGUUUUGAUCUGUUGUUUGCACAACCGGCACUUGAACUGAUCAAGCGGGACGUAAAAGACUUUAUUUUCCCGGCAAUGUGGACUUCGGAGCCACCGUUCCUAACAGCUACGCAGAUCUUCGAGAGCUGGGCACACACAAACAAUGUCAACCUGAUUGCGUCCGGUACAAAUUACGAUCCGGCCGGCAGUACGGGAACAGGUGUGUUCAACGGUCGCAAUGGAGCAGUAUUUUCGUUCAUGACUGGUGCACCCACCAGGACACUUUUCCCCGUCCGUGUACCGAAAAUCCACAGCAACCUUGGGCCGAAUCUCAUUCCGAAGGUAGAUUCUGGAACAGUAUCCGGACGACUGCACGGGAAACUUCUCGAAAACAUUCGCAUGGGCCGAGACUUCCUGGAGGCAUUUACCACAAUGCAGAUCAAUCCGGAGCAGUACCAUGACCAGAUCGGACAAAUAAUAUGCAACGGAGAGUUCUGUUGCGAUUUCAGCGUGACGCUAACGGUGAUUCCGGACCGGGACAUAACCCACUACUAUCGGUUUGCCGUGUACGACGGGGUACGAACAUUUCAAGGGUACGCUGAUGCACACGUUUCCACCUGUGGAAUUAUCACGUGUCGCAACACUUCACUGGACAGCUGUGGACUGCCAAUGAACGAAAAUUCCAACUAUUUGGAAUUUAAUGAAAUUUUCAUUUCGGGAAAGUUCAUCGCCAACGGGACGCUUGUGAUGCCAAACUCGCUUGACGAUAUGUUCCAUUCGCUGGACGCCGAUCGGUAUCAGUUCUAUUCGAGUGUCAACUAUUCAACCAAUACUCAGAACGUUCAGCUCACGCUAUCAAGCACCGUAGCCAAUCUGCAGACAUUUGCUAUCUACGCGUUCAAUCAUAAAAACUUUGAGUUUUUCGCCCCGGUCGAACCACCUCCUGUGGAAAAUACGACGGAUAGCCCAAUCACUGAUACCGAUACUUCGGGUGAAGAUGAUGAAGGCGGUAGUAGUUUAACCGCACCGCUAUCCAAUACUCUUAUUCUACUGCUGCUGGUCAGCUCCGUAGUUUUACUUUAAGAUCGUCGGUUCCAGCGACUCCGGUCAGCUCAGUAUUUCAGUAGGAAACGCUCAAAGUGUUUAUUGUAAAUAUUGUAGAAAUUAGAAAAAGUAUGAGUAUAAACCAAUUACAUGCCAAAAUAUUCUAGAUUUAGUUUUUCGACUGGAGGCUGGUUACGAUUAUUAUAUCUCUAUAUAAUACUGAUUAGAAAAACUUUAAAAUAAAUACGAGGUGUAAGUUACCAUUUGUAUAGAUGUUAUAAGCAUGUUGGUAUUUUAUAUGUAACUAGUAUCCGGGCUUAAAAUAAACUAUAAAGCGAGAAAAGUCAGAAAUAUA